AUGGCGGUUAUCACUCGAAAGCAGCCCAAACGGAAGGCCGCAGAGCCUCCCCAGACACAACCCAGUCCGAAAAGGGCCAUGCCACUGGGGACAUCUUCAACCAAAACCAGCCUCGUUAACCCACCAAAGACGGCCCCUGCUGAUGCCCAGGACACCAAGGAUCUCUACCACCGGUUCCGGAGCCGGUAUGACACCAACCCGCCCCAGGAUCAAGUAAGGGGCAUCUGGAGAUUCAUCAACCAGAUAAAGAAUCCCGACGUCGCGAAGCAUCUUCAGGAGUCUCUUGUCAUCUCCCUGCCCGAGUACGUGAAGUUGGGUUCAAGAAGUCGACUGGCGACACAAGUCAACGGCGUCCAGAGAAUUUUCAUUACGAUAUCCGGGAAAGUGACCUGGAAGAUGUUCUCUGAGGCGUUUGACAAGUAUGCGGCUUUGCAUUUGAAGGAGUGA